CCUGAGAAUAUCACGAGGUACCUGGUAUAUAGAGGACAGAAGAAGACACAGGAUACUGAAAAGGAAAGUGGAAUAACGAAAGAUGAGUCAUCAUCAUCGCUCGUCGCUGAAGCAGAAUCAGAAGUCGUUCAAAUCAAAGCAUGCGAGCAAGAGUUCACUGAAGGCCAAAAACAAAGGCAAAAUUGAGAAAUCCGGCCCCGGACCUCAAAAACCCCAUGUGGCUUCCAAACUCGAACGCCGCAAUAAGGCAAAGCAGUUGAUGCUCACCAAGAAGAGCGAGCUGAUUUUGAGCCGGAAACUCUUUGACGGGCGCAAGGGUGCGCCUCGUGUUGUUGCUGUUAUCCCUCUCUGUCCUGAUGUAGAGGCAGAUCUAAUUGUCCGCAACCUGAACGCGAGUCUCGGGAUUACAACCGACGUUCCCUACAGCGGUGUGUUUACGGUUCCUAUCGACCGCUUCAACCAAAAGAUCCAGUAUAUCCUUACGCCCCGCCACAUGACCUCGAUGCUGAACGCCGCGCAAGCCGCGGACUUUGUCGUCUUUGGCCUCUCCGCGAAGCAGGAGGUCGACCAUUUUGGCGAGACGUGUCUGCGCAGUAUUGUCGCGCAGGGAGUGUCGACCGUCUACACGGUCGUGCAGCAUCUCGAGCAGGUCGAGUCCGCGAGGAUGCAGACAGAGGUGCGCAAGUCGCUGCUGUCGUUCAUCACCCACUUCUUUGCCGAGCAGGAGAAAGUGUUCAGCAUCGAAGCGCAACAGGAUUGCCUGAACGUGGUUAGAGCACUGGCUCAGCAGUUUCCAAAGGGCGUACAGUGGCGCGAUAGUAGGGCGUAUCUCGUCGCCGAUCGCGCGUGGUAUGAGGAAGAUGCCGCACAGCCUACGGGCGGACUGAUCGCGGUCGAGGGCGUGGUCCGCGGAAAAAAGAUGAAUCCGGAUAGACUGGUGCAUCUUCCUGGCGCAGGAGACUUCCAAAUCGAUCGGAUCUGUUCGGUCGCGACUGGUGCGUCGGUCGAGAAUUCAAUGCAGCUUGAUAACGGCGACGGCGCGUUCUCUGGAAAUUUCGUCGCCUACCCAACAGAAGAUCAAGACAGCACUGACCCCUUUGUGCAAGAAGUCGCACGUGGCGAAGACGAUGACACGAUGCUUCACGAAAUGCCUGAGAUUUCAGAAGGAGUGAAGUUGGAUGACCAUUUCUAUCUCCACGAUGAAGGCGAAGACGAGAUCGAGACCCCGACUCUGAAAGACAAGAACCGGAUCCCGAGGGGAAUGUCUGAAUACCAAGCACGCUGGAUCAUCGAGGAAAACUCAGACGACGAGUUCGACGACGGCGAGGGCAGUGGCGCUGAGUCUGAUGGCGAGAUGGAGCUCGAUGAACAUGACGGGUAUGCACCCACCGCUACGGAUUACGCCGCUACCGAGAUCGACGCCCAGAGCGAGAUGUUUGUCGAUCUUUCUCCAGAGGAGGAAGCUAAACAGCUGAAAGCCUACCGCGAGCGCGAGCGCGAAGAGCUCGAGUUCCCUGACGAAGUCGAGCUGAGCCCCGAGAUGUCGGCCAAGGAGCGCUUUGCGCGGUACCGCGGCCUGCGUAACUUGCGAACAAGUCCAUGGGAUGCUGAUGAGACGGACGCGCGCACCCCCGAGGAUUGGAACCGGCUUGCGCGGUUCCAGAAUUUCAGGGCAUCGCGGAAUAGAGCUCUGAAGGAGGCGGGAGCUAAUGGUGUACCGACUGGUACUCGAGUAAUCAUGUACAUCCGUGCCCCGAAACACUCCUACGACGCACUCUCGACCAAGUCCCUCCUUACCGUCUUCUCCCUCCUACGCUACGAAAACAAAAAGGUCGUGCUCAACCUCUCCGUGACCCCCAACACCGAAUACGAAGAGCCCAUCCCGACCAAGGACUCCCUAAUCCUGCAAUGCGGUCCCCGGCGAUACCGCGUCAACCCCAUCUUCUCCGAAACCGGACGCACGCCCAACCACGUCUACAAGCUUGAGCGGUUCUUGCACCAAGGCGUUACCGCGAUGGCGAGCGUUAUCGCACCCGUUUCGUUUGGAAAUACGCCUGUCUUGCUGCUCAAGGAGACUGACAAGGGCAUCGAGCUCGUCGCCUCCGGCAGUGUCGAGAACGCAGACUCGUCGCGCGUGAUGGCGAAGCGCACCGUACUCUCAGGCUACCCGUACAAGAUCCACAAGAAACUCGUCACGAUCCGGUACAUGUUCUUCAACGCCGAGGACAUCGCGUGGUUCAAGGCCGUGCCGCUGUUCACCAAGAUGGGCAGGCUGGGUUAUAUCAAGGAGAGUAUCGGUACGCAUGGGUACUUCAAGUGUACUUUCAACGGGCCGAUUAAUGCGCAGGAUACGGUGGCGAUGGCGCUUUAUAAGCGUGUUUGGCCGCGGGAUUCGGAGCUUUGGGAUGGUGCAUAUUAAAAGUUUUUCUCAGUUGUUCGAUUCACGAAGUAAAUGUGCGGUUUUGUUUAUCUAAGUUGGAAUAAAAGCAUAGAAACCAUA